CUGUGGCCAGGCCAAGUGGCUGUUGCGGGCGUGUUUUGCGUGCAUCACAUUGGCUGUGCCAAUCAGCUGAUGGACGGGCGCCUUCCCGUUAUGGGCUGGGAGGAGAGAACGCGCCGGUGGCAGCAGCGACCACGUCGCUCUCUCCGUCUGGCUUCUCAUCUUGCUUUCCCGCCCUCCCGACCAGGCGGAUAUGCGUCUCCCCUUUACUCUCAUCCUCGCGCUCCUUGCUUAUGACUCGGUCUUUGCGACGGCUGCAAAGCGCGACUACUCUACAUACGACUACUAUGUCCUGGAACAUAAUCCUCUCGCGGAUGCUUCGCUGGCCGACUGCGCGAGUGCGCUAGGUGUCGAGAUUAUGGAGCGGGCUGGGGAGCUUCAAAACCACUGGCUCGUACGGGCCGAGAAAGACAUCUCAGCACUGGACAAACGGCGAGCCGAUCCGGUCAUGCAGACACUCGAGGAAAUCCAGUCUCGAGCAUACUCAGCGUACUCCGCGAGGAGUCCGGACGCGUCUCAUGCAAAACGGAUAGCUUCUGCGGUGAGGUAUCUCUCUCCGCAGACCCUUCGGCAGCGUGUAAAGCGUGCACCGCCUCCUCCGGUGGAGGACAGUGGUUUCCCGAACAUCGCUGAAGUAUCUCAGAAGAUGGGUAUCGCAGACCCAGAGUUCUCCCGACAGUGGCAUAUCGUCAACGAGAAGCAUCCCAAGAACAUGAUGAACGUUUCGGGUCUAUGGGAGAUGGGUGUUACGGGCAUAGGCGUCAUUGCCGCCUUAGUAGACGACGGGUUGGAUUACACUAGCGAAGAUCUCGCACCGAACUUCUAUGCCUAUGGUUCACAUGACUUCAAUGACCACACCGACCUGCCCACUCCCGUGCUGUCCAACGAUCACCACGGUACUCGGUGCGCAGGACAAAUAGCCGCGGCGAAGAACGACGUCUGUGGUGUCGGUAUCGCGUACGACAGCAAAGUUGCCGGUCUGCGUAUCCUGUCGGGCCCCAUUGCCGACGUAGACGAGGCAGCCGCCUUGAACUAUGACUUCCAGAACACGUCUAUCUAUUCGUGCAGCUGGGGACCGCCGGACGAUGGCAGGUCCAUGGAAGGGCAAAACUAUCUCAUCAGGAAAGCCAUGGUGAACGGUAUUCAGCAUGGGCGUGAAGGCAAGGGGUCGAUCUUCGUAUUUGCCAGUGGCAAUGGUGGGCGGACGGAUGACCAAUGUAACUUUGACGGUUACACGAACAGUAUCUUCUCGGUUACUGUCGCCGCUGUGGACCACCAGGGUCUCCACCCCGACUAUUCCGAGGCUUGUGCUGCCAACAUGGUUGUAGCGUACUCGUCUGGCGGCGGAAAUGCAAUCACUACCACUGACAGAGGUGCGAAUAAAUGCGCUCACACCCACGGCGGUACAUCCGCUGCGGCGCCAAAUGUGGCUGGUGUCUUUGCGUUGUUGUUGCAAGUGAGGCCCGACUUGACAUGGCGUGAUGUCCAGCAUCUCUGCGUCAAGAGCGCGUUGAAGAUCAAUCCGGACGACCCUGACUGGGAGAAGACAGCAUCCGGCAACUCCUUCAGUUACAAGUAUGGCUACGGCGUCGUCGAUGCCUACAAGCUCGUCGAGGUUGCACGCGACUGGCAGCUUGUCAAGCCUCAGGCUUUCGUCGAGAUGCCUGCUAUCCAGGUCAACAACGGAUCGAUGGACGUCUUCCAAAAGGCGGAGGGUGGUAUCUCAAUCGCCCCUGGAGGUGUCACGAGCGCCAUGGCUGUCAGCCAAGCGCAGCUCGACAGUGAUAACCUCGGGAAGCUGGAGCACAUCACCGUCAAGGUCUGGAUCACGCACUCGCGCAGAGGCGACGUCGAAGUCGAGCUCAUCAGCCCGAACGGUGUACGCAGCAUCCUUGCUGCGAGGCGCUACGGUGACUCUGCAACCACCGGCUAUCCGGGGUGGACAUUCAUGACCGUCAAGCACUGGGAUGAGAACCCGGUCGGCACAUGGACCCUCCGCGUCUCUGAUCAGGCGAAGGAGGGUGAGUCGGGCGUGUUCCUCGGCUGGACCAUGAACCUCUGGGGCUCCGUUGAGGAUGCCACCAAGCCAGUCAAGAUCUACGACGUACCCCACGUCGACACGGUCCUUGCUCCUGGUUCAACGGAGCACACAUACCCGUCUACCAUUAUCUCUCUCCCUGCUGCGACCUCGACGCAGUACGCGAAGCCGACUGCCCACCUUCCCGGCGACCACGACACCUCCGAGGGUGAUGCCAGCAAGCCUGCCUUCCCAGGUAGCGGUGGUAAGCCAGCCGGUGACGCACAAACAUCGGCGACGAGCACACCAACGCCGGACGAAGGCUGGUUCGCGGACCUGUCUAACCUCAUGACCAACCCGCUCUGGUUCUUCAUCGCCGUCGGGGCUGUUCUAGCCUUCGGCAUCUCCGCUGGUAUCUACUUCUGGAGACGUCGUGUUCGCAUGAGGCAGCACUACACCACGCUGCCUGCCAGUGACGACGUUGCGAUGAGCUCUAUCGGUGGCGGAGGCGGUGGGGCCGGAGGCCAGCGGACGAAGGAGCUGUACGAUGCAUUUGGCGAGGUUUCCGACGAUGACGAAGGAGACGAGGAGACACGGUUACACGCUCGUGGUCCCUCUCCCGGCGUCAACCUACAUACUGGAUUCCUGGAUGACGAUCCGUCCACUGCAGGCAUGACACCGGCACCCUACAGGGACGAGCCAGAUCCCGCGACGGAGCGGAGCCAUGAGCAAGGACAUAGUCAUGAGCGGGCUGAAAGUCCGGCAAGUGGAAGUGGCAGUGGAGAUGGUAGCUGGGAGCAUGCCUCGGAGACACGGUAGUCUCAUUGUAUGACACUCUCGGACUCUUACAUGUGUUGUUGUUUAUCGUCGUAUUAAUGUGGAAAUGUGGUAUUUAUGUGCUACAGAUCAGUACAGACAGCAGAGCGACCCUUCAAAAACACAGCA